AUGUUGUGCGGGUGUGGUAUCGUCAUCAAGCUACCUCAAUGGUUCCGUCGAAAGGAAAGCCAGAAGAUAGAGGACAACGCCAAAAAAGGGACAGCUGGGCCUCCAACAUACAUCAGUGCGAUUGAAGCGGUUGCCUCCCAAGUCGACGAGAUUGACCCGCAAGAAGUGAUCACCGACGGUCGCAAUUUUUUGAGAUCCGAGACUCCAUCACCCGAAUCUCUGGGACAACGCAGCGAACAGACGAAGGAGUUUUUCAAGAGUGUCCAAGUUUGA